CCGGGGAACAUUGGAUUUCUUUACCGCGAAUAGCAAGCGAACGAGGCAAUUACAGCGAAAAAAGUAUCAAGCACACGCAAGACACAGUACCGUUCCAACGUCUAGCUUCGUGGUCGGCUGUUCAUUUUCAGUGUUUUCAGCGAAAUAAGAUAGAAGAUACUUUCACUUCAGGCUCGCGCGUGUUUCUCGAUUAAAACGCUUCGAAGGAAACGCUCCUCGAUGGAUACCUGACAAGGCGUUGAGGUGUCGAUCGAAAGAUACCUGGAUAGAUCACGGAUAGAUCCGUGAAAGAAGUGGCUCGGGGUUGAAAGAGAGGGUUUCGGUGCGUUUACCAGCACAUUGUUCAGAAGAUGGUCAGCCAACACGCGAUGGCCACCACCGUUCGCAAAGUCAAGCAGGAGAAUCGUCUCAGGCGACAGAAUCAGAACCAAGAUGAGGAGGGACUCUACAAACCUGUACCGCCACCGAAACCGGUGCCGAACAAUCAGAAGAACCAGAACGACCAGCAGGAGAGCAGGGUGCAGACGGUAGCCGAGCUAUCGUCGCGGACGACUUCCGGCAUUGAAAGAAACUCCACGCUGGACGACAGUCAGCUUCGAAGUUCCGGGCAGAAUCUUGCACCGGACUACAGGAUGCCACCUCUCUACGGUGACGAACAGGGCUCAAGUCAGACUCAACAGGCAGCCAAUUUACAGACCCACAGCAGCAAGUUUCCGAUAGAACGUGAGGUAGUUCUGUCGUCGGGAGACAAGAAUUCAAAGAUUCCUAUUCUUCAUGAGUACAAGCAGAGAACUGCCGGAAGAGUCGCCAUUGCGCCGGAUGCGCCAAUCAAGCAACAAGCUUGGGUUCAAGAGGGAGGUCAGAUGCAGGAAGUGAGACAGGAGGGUCAAGCUAGGAGCUAUCAUCCCCCGGAAUCUUACGUGUCGACGUCGGUCGCACCGGCGCCGAGGACGACGAAGAUCGAUGAGGAGAAGAGCAAGUCCCUCUCGAGGACUUAUCACACGAUUAAGGACAUGAUAUCCAGUCGUUUCGGACAGAAUCGCAAGGACGCCGAACCGGAACCGGAGGCAAGCUUGAACAACGUCACGGAGGAAUUGAGGAAGUCCAGCAGAAGCAUAGACGAGGAGGAGGCGAAGAAGAAGGAGGGGAUUUACGGGAAACCACGAGCGCAAGAUCCAUCCGUAAAUUUACAGCAGUACCCGAAGAAUGCCUGCGGUCAGUACGGACACUCGUAUAGUUACCUGAGCAAUCAGCAGAAUGUACCACUUCCUGGACAGCUUCAGCCAACGUCCCAGGUACAACCCAGUCUGCCAGGUCAAAGUGCUCAGCUUCACGUGACGCAUCACACUCCGCCUGGAGGUGUUCAAACGGUCCAUCAAACCCAGGUUUCCAGUUUUGGACAAUCGACAGGUGGCCAACAGGUGCAAAAUGUUGCGAGGGAAUACGUUGUUCAGGGACCGUCCGGCCUGCCGAGUCAGCAACUGCACCAGGGACUACAUCAGAGUUCUCAGAAUCAGGGCCAAGGGACACAGGUGCAAAAACCCCACGGCCUGCCCAUGCAGCAGCACCAAGUAGCCAAUACCAUGCAACCGACGAAUCAGAGCUUCCAAAGUCCGCAGCAGCUGUUGCACCAGAACCAGAACCACCAUCAGAGUCCCAGGUUCGCUCAGCAGCACGCACAGAACAUGCACCAACGGCAACUGAUACAGCAACUGCACCAGCAGCAGAUGGCCGGGCAACAAAACACCCAGACUGGCGUCAGGAACGUGCAGCAGAGCUACUUCUCGAACAACGUGUCCUAUCAGCAGUACCAACAGGCCAGGCAGGCAAUGUCGAGGUCGCAGAUCGACCUGCCGAGCACCUCCAGACAAACCCAGGAACUCAGGCUCUCCGGUCAGGAGGUCUACUACCACUACGCCCAGGGUCGGCCAAAGUACGGUGUACCCCAGGUCUACAUGAAGACCGACUGCAACCAGGAGAUCGAGUUUCAACAACGGAACUCGACGAAAGGCAUCGAGAAAGCCGCGUCCCAGCCACAGCUCUGCUACGAGGACGAACGCGUAAACGAGCAGUCUAGAAAUCCCGUCGAUCCCAUGAAGACUCUGACGGUGGAUCCCUUGGAUAAAGAAAGAUACGAGAUCACGGUGGAGAAUCACGGACUCGGUGAAUUCGGGAGAAGCGAUUCGCAGAGGAAAGAGGACUACAGACUGGAGACCAGCUUCGCUAUUCGCAGAGACGAGACGAUCAGAUGUUCCAAGAGAGAGCAAGACCCCGUAACCGUGUCUGGCCAAGAGAAUCAGGAACUGGAGGGAACUACCGUUCAGAAAAGGAUCGAGGAGUUGCAGAAGAGAGUGGAGGAGAACCAUUACGGCGCGAAAGCGUCGAAAGAUACCGUGGAGACGGACGCGGCGAGAAGUUCGUCCGGCUUGAAGAUUGGAAACCUCGAGGGAUGCAAACGAGCCGAGAAUCAAUACGUGAAGGACUCGGUCGUGAAAUCAGAGAUUAAGAAAGACGAGCUGGAACACGGGAUCGGACGAUUGAAGAUCCAGAAUCAAGGCUCUGGAUCGGAUUACGACAAGGCUGGACAGAGUUCCUCCAAUGUGGACUCGGGGAGAGGGUCCGCUGUAUAUUCUAGCGGAAGACGCCCACCGCCCGAGGAUCAGACCCAUCCUCCAGUGCAAGACUCCGAGUGGGUGGACAUAGUGGAAUCGGAGCUGAGGAGCAUUUUAGAACCACGAGAUCUCCCCGCGAUGGCGCACUCGACUCUAUCCGAAAGUGUAUCGUCGGUAACGCCGCCUCUGCCGCCGCUUUCGCCCCAUGAAAGUCCCAGAACAUCGAGAAAUCGAUACUCGGCGAGCUUACCAUACGGGUCGAAACCUAAUUACAGCGAUUACAGCAAGGCCAUGGAGAAAAGAGGGUUCUCGAGCAGCUCGAAGCAUCGCGGAGCCUCGACUUCGAAGAAGGAAGCUGCAAAAAAGUUUUCUCAUCUUUUCGGCGUGGAAGCCGCCGAUUUGACCUCGACUACGACUGGACUCGAUUUGGACUCCAUGUUGGACAGAAGCGACUCCGAUUUGAGUACCAACGACGCGAGGACGAUUAGGAAGCAGCUAGAAGGCUUGGAAAAUAUGUACAGCGAGGUAUUGAAGUUGCUCGGCGGAAGCGUGAAGAAGAGACGGAAGGCCAGAGGUCUCAUUAGUUAUGGUUCCGUUUCAUCGCUGCCGACGUCAUCCGUCUCAUCCAGACCUGUCACGAGGCAUCACGAUAAACGUAGAUCCCACGCCAUCGACGACAGGAUGAAGAAAGCCAAAGACAUCAAGAGCAUUAACAAACGUUUUCAACGAUUAGAAUCUCACGUAGUUACGCUUGCCAGAUCAGUGGCACAUCUGAGCUCGGAGAUGAGGACACAGCAUUUAAUGAUACAGGAAAUGGAAAACAUAAGAGGCGAGAUUGCUGCUCUGAGGACGCAAACGAGCAUGGCGAUGGUGAGGUCGCAGUCCCAGCCACUGAUCAAGGACUCCGAGCUGCCAGCCCUUUCCAACCCUUCGAGAGUGAAGAAGCUGACCAAGUUCUUCGGCACGGAACCACCGCUCAUCAGAUUGUUCCUCAGGGAACUUGGGUAUGAGAAAUACGCGACCGCGUUUGAGAAAGAAAAAGUUGGAAUGGUGGAGCUUCCUUACUUAAGCGAGGAGAGGUUGCAAAAAAUGGGUGUUCCCCUGGGACCGAGGCUAAGAAUUCUUCAAGAGGCAAGGAUAUCGGUGUGCAAGGAUCCAAUUUACGUCGUAUGAGUUUCACCAGCUACGCUGCUUCACGAACGAAAUAAAAAGAGUCCGAGAAUGAAUGUCGGAUCCAAUGGAAGGGAAGAAGACAUAAAGUUAUUAGGAAUUUGUUUCUUUGUUGUCUUUCCAGGGACCUGAAAGAGAUAAAGUCUUUCUCCGCGAGAAGCGAUGUUCAUUUCGACGCUACGAAGAAAAUUCUUCUCGAGGGAACUAUUAUACGCAAGAAAAAGCAACCUUCCAAAUAAAUGAUUACUUAGAAGCGACUAGGAAGACAAAGAAGCUUAACGAUAAGAUUAAGAGGCACACGAAGAAUAAAAUAAAAUCUAAACGUGGAGCCGUUUAAGUCGACCCGAUAAUCUGUUAGGACGAGGCCUUAACGAUAACGAUUAGCAAAUUGUUUAAGUUUUAUGUGUGUUAUAGUAGUCCAAAGUGUUCGAGAAACAACAACCAACGCUGUAUGUUUCACGUUUCACACGAGUGACAAUGAAUGUCGAAAGUUCGUUAACAUAGGUAUAAUCUACUCGCUUCUGUUAAAAAUUCUACCGAGUGUAUAGGAAUUAAGUAGCAAAAAUUCUUCGACAGGAUCAAGGUUUAGUUACGUUCCCAACAUUUCGAGGAUAUUGUUACCUAUGAUCCGAACUGCACGUUUUGUUGUUCGAUUUCGUGUCUAUAAUUUAUUAUACCAAUUAUAACGAAUGGUAGAUUAAGUUCUUAUUUUGUACAUUUACGUUUAAUCGAUCAGUUGAGACGAUGGAACAUUUCUCGUUGCACAGACUGUGUUGUAGACUUCCGAUCAAUGAAUUCGAGUCGAUAACGUAUUGGAGGCGUUAAUUAGAGUUAGAAGAGUCGUCUCGAUCGAGGAAGCUCGAACCGUUAACGCGAAUCACCAUGUAAGUAUUGAGAACGAAAAAUGCAAAAGUGAAGUUGCCAAAGAGACGUGCUAACGUCAUACAUGAAGUGACGUGCCCGAGAUUUUCAUUAGAGGGAGCAGAUCAAAUUAUUUUCUUUUUCAAAGAGUUGGCUAUUAUACUCGGGUUUGCAACGAUUCCCACAAUCGAUGUUCUUCGAUGUUUAUUUUAGAUUGUACGCGAAAUUUCGUAUACCUGAACACUCGAUAACUCGACAUUUAGAUGCCUAGAAUUUUGAAUCGCCGCGUGAAAUUGUGGAAGCGAAAAACGAAGUCGAAGCGGUCCACUCUUUGCGACACGAAUGUCACUGGCCUACUUCAAAUAUCGAUUCGCCGAAUAUAAGCGGCGUUUGUCGAAAAAGCGGCCCCUUCUGUGCACUUUUUCACCGAGUUUUUGCAAACCACACACGCCACCACGCAUUACCAACCAUCACUUUCUUUUAAACGUUCGCGAUUCAUAGCUUGUUUCGACGAUCACAGGUAGAAUAUUAUCAAAUCCUAAUCGAUUCGUUCAUUCGAUCGAAUUGCCUCUCGUUAUUAGAUUAUUUCGAUUGAUAGAAUUAAUAGAGAAAAGUUAGUAUGGCGAAUGUUUCAAAUUUCGGUCGCACGACCACACGCGUAACGUUGAUACCAAAGAAUCGAUACCUGCUCCUAUGCAAUGACGAUCGCAACGGAAGGAGUCACCGUCAGUGAUCGGAAUUACGCAAAACGGAAGACAUGCCACUUCAGUUCUCAAUCGAUAUCAGUUCUUACUAUCGAAUUCACGUGGGACGUGAUCUACUAUUAAUUUGUAAACUGGACGCUACUUCGUUAAGAGACGUUCAUCAAUUAAUAAUUGUUACUAAGCCACGUUACACGUGGCGUAUUUUUUUUUUUUUUUUUUUUUUUUUUUUUAAAUAGCUACUUCCAUUUUUAGCAAUAUUUCUUCUUUAGCGAUUACUUUUUCAAAUUGGUGCUCUCAGACACUGCCUGGAUCACAGCUGGUCGGUCUUCCAUCGACAGCGAGUUCUGUACAGUUAACGAUUAACUGUUAAUUGUUUGUAGGGAUACUUCAAGUACGUUACGAUUAAUAAUAUUAUUAAUAUUUGUAUUAUUAUAAUUAUAUUAUUAUAUUGUUAAAUCUUGUAUUUAAUAAACGAUUCGAGAAAUCAUUCCAGUAAAUCCCGGUCGUUUUUCACAUUUCGUCGAGAAAUUUGUUAGUUUCAAAGCAAUUAUUCAAAUGAACGUUUUCGGGAUUUAUAAAGGGCCCUCCUUGUCAAAUUUUUUGGAGUUACAAGUUUCAAUAUGUUUUUACCGUUCGUGGAAGGAGCAACAAUUAUUUCUCGUAUGUACAUGUUAUAUCUUUUUAUAGGCACGUGGAUACAAAAGGUCUACGAAAAUGGUUUCUAAACUAUUCUUCGGCUAGUUCCUCGUGAAUCAACCGCUGCAUUCAAUUGAAUAAUCGCGUAUUAACUGGCGUAACCCAGGGUGUACAGGCCACCAAGCGAUCCGCUAUUACGGCCCCAGACCUCGGACUGCCUCUAAUCGACGCCACGGACGAUAAUUAGUUCGCUUGCGACGAUCACCGUUCCGUCUUAACGACAUAGCUUCCUUCUUAAUUACGAAAAAUUGCUCCCGGCGCGGCGCUGAUAAACGACGAUCAUUUUACCAACGAAUUACUUCGGUAUUAAAAUUCCAUCCACGCUGGUUCUUGAAUAAGAUAUUUGAAUAAUAUACAGGGUGUCCUAGUCUAAGUAAUACGGAGCUCCAACUCCAAAACUAUCGGCCGAAUGCAAAAUUUCAAAUAUGGAAAUUUCAUGGUAAAAUGGGGCGCAUGUUUCAGCGAGAAGGAAUUUUUGUUAACUUUGUUACUUAACGUGAUAUAAUGGUCAAGUUUCGUUUUUCAAUUGAGACUACGUAUAUUUUUUUUUUUUUUUUUUUUUAUACCAUGCGAUAGUACUUUUUAAGAGGAAUUCAUUAAGCUUUAAUGUAUUUACCCGAUUUUUAUUAGUUUUCAAGCUAUAACGCUUCAAAGUUUGAUAAUUCUCAAGGAGAAAACUCGGUUCGGCCCCGGGCGGUCCCAUUGAUGCAGUAAACACCAUGCCCAGAAUAUUGGGAUUCUUGAAGAAUCAUUCUUCCCAUUUUCCUUCGUUGGGCCUAGAAUGCCAAACGAGACCCUCUGUAUCGAUUUCAAGAACCGCAUGGUGCUUACUGCAUCAAUGGGACCGAAUCGAGUUUUCUCCUUGAAAAUUCGCAAACUUUGAAGCGUUAUAAGCUUGAAAACUCAAGUCAAUGUUUUGGGUCUCCGAUUUUGCAUGCCUCCUUCAGUCGUUUAGUGUAUCUUCGAAUGUGUUCCCAACAAACUUCGAGUGUAGAGAAGGACAGCGAA